GCGGCGCAGGGCAAGAUGGCUGCUGAGAAACAGGUACCUGGGAGCGGCGGUGGUGGUGGCGGCAGCAGCGGGAGCGGCGGUGGACGCGGUGCUGGUGGAGAGGAAAAUAAAGAAAACGAACGGCCUUCAGCCGGGUCAAAGGCAAACAAAGAAUUCGGGGAUAGCCUGAGUUUGGAGAUUCUCCAGAUUAUUAAGGACUCUCAGCAGCAGCAUGGUUUACGGCACGGAGAUUUUCAGAGGUACAGGGGCUACUGUUCCCGUAGACAAAGACGUCUCCGCAAAACACUCAACUUCAAGAUGGGGAAUAGACACAAAUUCACAGGGAAGAAAGUAACUGAGGACCUUCUGACUGAUAACAGAUACCUGCUGUUGGUUCUGAUGGAUGCCGAGAGAGCCUGGGGCUAUGCCAUGCAGCUCAAACAGGAAGCCAAUACCGAGCCCCGGAAACGGUUUCACUUGUUGUCUCGUCUCCGCAAAGCCGUGAAGCAUGCGGAGGAACUGGAACGCUUGUGUGAGAGCAGUCGGGUGGAUGCCAAGACCAAGCUGGAGGCUCAGGCUUACACAGCUUACCUCGCAGGAAUGCUGCGUUUUGAACAUCAGGAAUGGAAAGCUGCUAUUGAGGCUUUUAACAAAUGCAAAACCAUCUAUGAGAAGCUGGCCAGCGCGUUCACCGAAGAGCAGGCUGUGCUGUACAAUCAGCGUGUGGAGGAGAUUUCACCCAACAUCCGCUACUGUGCUUACAACAUCGGGGACCAGUCAGCCAUCAGUGAACUAAUGCAGAUGAGACUGAGAUCCGGAGGUACUGAGGGUCUGCUCGCGGAAAAAUUGGAGGCGCUUAUCUCUCAGACUCGAGCCAAACAGGCAGCUACCAUGAGCGAAGUGGCGUGGAGAGGGAGAACGGUCCCAGUGAAGAUCGACAAAGUGCGGAUCUUCUUGCUGGGGCUGGCUGACAACGAAGCAGCCAUCACCCAGGCUGAGAGCGAAGAGACGAAGGAGCGGCUGUUCGAGUCCAUGCUCAGCGAGUGCCGGGACGCCAUCCAGGCUGUUCGAGAGGAGCUCGAGCCAGAUCAGAAACAGAGAGAUUACACUGUUGAAGGGGAGUCGGGGAAGGUGUCUAAUCUGCAGUACCUGCAUAGCUACCUGACUUACAUCAAGCUGUCGACAGCAAUCAAGCGGAAUGAGAACAUGGCCAAAGGGCUGCAGAAGGCCCUGCUGCAGCAGCAGCCGGAGGACGACAGCAAGCGUCCCCCCCGGCCCCAGGACCUGAUCCGACUCUAUGACAUCAUUCUACAGAAUCUGGUGGAAUUGCUCCAGCUUCCUGGCUUAGGGGAGGAUAGAGCCUUCCAUAAAGAGAUAGGCCUGAAGACCCUGGUGUACAAGGCUUACAGGUGUUUCUUCAUCGCACAUUCCUACGUGUUGGUGAAGAAGUGGAGCGAAGCCCUUGUCCUGUACGACAGAGUCCUGAAAUAUGCAAAUGAAGUCAACUCUGAUGCUGAGGCCUCCAAGAACAGCCUAAAGGACCUGCCGGAUGUGCAAGAGCUCAUUGCUCAGGUGAGGUCGGAAAAGUGCUCUCUGCAGGCGGCGGCCAUCCUCGAUACAAGUGACUCCCACCAGACAGAGACGUCCUCCCAAGUCAAGGACAAUAAGCCUCUGGUUGAACGGUUUGAGACAUUCUGCCUGGACCCUUCUCUCGUCACCAAGCAAGCCAACCUUGUGCACUUCCCGCCGGGAUUCCAGCCCAUCCCUUGCAAGCCUCUGUUUUUUGACCUGGCCCUCAACCAUGUGGCUUUCCCACCCCUUGAGGACAAGUUGGAGCAGAAGACCAAGAGUGGCCUCACUGGAUAUAUCAAGGGCAUCUUUGGUUUCAGGAGCUAACCAGGCUCUUCCUUGGGGGCGGGGGGAGAGCCUGACUUUUAAUCUGUGUUGUGAGGAAAUCCCAGCAAGUUCCAUGAUAUUAAAUCCAGGUCCGCAUUGGCCCAGGGCGGGAGCUUGACGUCCUCAGCCCUGUGUUCUACAUCUCGUGUGUUUGUGCACUUGCAUCCUUACCCCUGUGCAGGAGGGCGCCUUCCUGUAAAUGUGUGCAGGUUCACUCUGUCUCCCGCACCACCUGGGGAGGGUCACUGCCAUCUGAUCCCGUGUGAGCCGUGACUCCCUUUGGUCAGUAACACAUUCAGGGGGAGUCCACACCAUCUCCAGUGGGCCCUGAAGCUGUGCUUCAUCGGUACCGUGGAUUUGACAUUGGCUUGUCCUUGCUGUGGGCCAGCUGGCGAGCACCAGCACCCUGGAGGAGUUUGUCUGUAGCCAUGAGCAUUGGCCCGUCUCUCCAGAAUUACAGCCGGCCUUACUCCCCUUCACCUCCCAGGGAAAGAAGAGAAGAGAGCUCUAUUUUUAAAAGAACUAUGUUGCACUCAGAAAUGAUUAAACCAAAUCUUAUAUUAAAAGGCAAAGAUGAUGGAGACUCUGUCCAGUUUACAUGACCUCACCCCAUCUCCAGCCCCAGUCCUCUCCUGGGGUGCUGUGUGUGACCCUGUGGGGUCAAGCUUAUCCAGCUUCCAGGCAGUCAGGUUAUUGCUGAGGCCAGGUAAGGCUGUGUUAGAGGCACUGUUUUUACAGAGAGUUCCCAAUCUAAUUUUUAGAUGCCAUUAUAUUUUAAACAAUCUCCUUCCAUAUUCUUUUAUUUUUUUUCCUGAGUCAUUCUUUUUUAUUUCCUUUAUAUCAUCAACAAUAGAAGUGACAAAAGCAAUGUAAGAAAGCAAGGAAUAAAAGUGAUUUAAACUUGA